AUGCGCACGUUGGACGUGAACUACCAGAAGCGCAUCACGGCCUACGGGCUCCAGCGCUCACUACCUGUGCUAGAGACACUAGCCCGCAACAUCCGGCUCUACGGUCAGGAGUCUUUGUUGAAUGCUUUCGACGACGGUCAGGAUGGUAUGUGGAAGCAGAUCAAUAUGCCCACCGACUCUAAAGUGUUCGAGCAGAUCUUUCAAGUGCUUGCUUUUCGCGCACGCAAGAAGCAAGAUGCAGAGAUCUUAAUGCUGGCCAACCCUUUGCUGGAGAUUGUGAGUUCGGUGGGGGAAGUAACUGCGUGCCAAUUUGUUGAACAAUUGGGUAGUUUGCAACAUCAUCUGUGA